GUGCAGAGACUUUGUACUGCGUUUGCUUGCUUUCCAGUCAAUAGUGAACCGCAGAGCUGCUCCUCGCUUAUCUCCUAUUCUGCUUUUCAGUCUCCGCGUCUCUCUAGGUUCAGAAUCUUCAGAACAGUAUCGGCGACUAUAAAAAAUGAAACGUUAGCGAAAUAAAGAGGCUUCUAUAUUCAAUCGCCGCUGCUUUCUCCCUAAGCCUGCUUUCGGCUUACUGAAAAACAAAAAAAAUUAAUUGAAAUUCUCGAUUUUCAUUUCGGUUGGGAAGUGUAAAUGUGUAAAUGGCUGGGGCACAGCCUGGAGUUCAUGCUCUGCAGCUCAAACCCGUCACCGUUCCCGAAAUCCUGAAGAAAGGCAACAAAUUUAUGAAAUGGGAUGAUGACUCAACAACUGUGACUCCUGUGACUUUAAGAGUGGAUCCACAGGGAUACUUCCUGUACUGGACGGAUCAGAACAAGGAAACUGACCUUUUGGAUGUCACCAAUAUCAAGGAUGCAAGAAACGGGAAGUGCUCAAAAACACCAAAGGAUGCCAAACUACGAGAGCUGCUGGAUGUGGGGAAUAUGGGAGGGCGGCUGGAGAACAAAAUGCUGACUGUGGUGUGUGGCCCUGAUAUGGUUAAUAUUACCUACCUGAACUUCAUGUCAUUUCAAGAAGAAGUUGCAAAGGAAUGGGCUGAUGAGCUGUUUGCACUGGCAUCAAACUUGCUGACACAGAACAUGUCCAGAGAAUCCUGCCUGGAAAAAGCAUAUUCACGACUUAAACUUCAGUUAACCCCAGAGGGACGUAUUCCUGUAAAGAACAUCUUUCGGAUGUUUUCUGCAGAUAGAAAGCGUGUUGAAACUGCACUGGAGUCCUGCAGCCUUCCUUCUGGCAGGAAUGACUCCAUUCCUCAAGAGGACUUCACACCUGAUGUAUACCGAGUUUUCUUAAACAACAUAUGCCCUCGACCGGAAAUCGACCACAUUUUUUCAGAAUAUGGCGCCAAGAGCAAGCCUUACCUUACUGUCGAUCAGAUGACAGAAUUCAUAAACACAAAGCAGCGGGACCCCCGGCUAAAUGAAAUACUCUACCCACCACUGAAACAGGAACAAGUGCAGCUGCUCAUAGAGAAAUAUGAACCGAAUAUCAACCUUGCCAAAAAAGGGCAAAUAUCAGUGGAAGGUUUCACACGGUAUUUAAGUGGUGAAGAAAAUGGAGUUAUUCCUCUUGAAAAAUUGGACCAGAGCGAGGACAUGACCUUGCCUUUAUCACACUAUUUUAUCAACUCUUCACACAACACCUACCUCUCGGCUGGGCAGCUGGCAGGUAACUCUUCAGUGGAGAUGUAUAGACAAGUGCUCCUGUCAGGCUGUCGUUGUGUGGAGCUGGACUGCUGGAAGGGUCGCACCGCAGAGGAGGAGCCUGUCAUCACACAUGGUUUUACCAUGACAUCUGAGAUAUCCUUCAAGGAAGUCAUUGAGGCAAUUGCUGAGUGUGCAUUCAAGACUUCACCAUAUCCAGUUAUUCUUUCUUUUGAAAACCAUGUGGAUUCACCAAAGCAGCAAGCCAAAAUGGCAGAGUAUUGCAAAUCAAUAUUUGGUGAUGCCUUGCUAACUGAACCACUUGAGAAGUACCCACUUGAACCAGGUGUUCCCUUGCCAUGUCCCCAGGAUUUGAUGGGCAAAAUUCUGAUCAAAAACAAGAAGAAAUCUCAUAAAUCCUCUGAUGGAAGUGCUAAAAAGAAGCUGUCAGAGCAAGCCUCAAACACAUACAGUGACACCUCUAGUGUGUUUGAGCCCUCCUCACCAAGUGCAGGUUCUGCCAACCCUGAAAUUCCAGAUGUAGCACAGCAUGAGGGAAAUGAUCUCAAACCACAGGGUGGAAAAUUGAUAGGUGAGCUGUCUGAGAGUGAAGAUGAAGAUGAUGAUGAUGAUGAUUGUAAGAAGUCCUCCAUGGAUGAGGGAACUGCAGGAAGUGAAGCCUUUGCCACAGAAGAAAUGUCAAACCUGGUGAAUUACAUUCAGCCUGUGAAGUUUGAGAGUUUUGAGGCUGCCAAAAAAAUUAAUCGAAGUUUUGAAAUGUCAUCAUUUGUGGAAACGAAAGCUCUAGAGCAACUUACAAAGUCACCUGUGGAAUUUGUGGAGUACAACAAAUUACAGCUCAGCAGAAUUUAUCCAAAGGGCACCAGAGUGGAUUCUUCCAACUACAUGCCUCAAGUAUUUUGGAAUGCUGGGUGUCAGCUGGUAGCAUUAAACUUCCAGACAAUAGAUCUCUCUAUGCAGUUAAACUUGGGGAUGUAUGAAUAUAAUGGGAAGUGUGGAUAUAGACUCAAACCUGAAUUUAUGAGACGCCCAGACAAGCACUUUGAUCCUUUCACAGAAAGCACUGUGGAUGGAAUAGUAGCAAAUACACUAUCAGUCAAGAUUAUAUCUGGCCAGUUUCUGUCAGAUAAGAAAGUUGGAACAUAUGUAGAAAUUGACAUGUUUGGACUUCCGGUUGAUACAAGAAGGAAAGCUUUUAAGACAAAGACCUCCCAAGGAAAUGCAGUCAAUCCUGUUUGGGAAGAGGAGGCUAUAAUGUUUAAGAAGGUUGUGCUGCCCUCUUUAGCUUCAUUGAGAAUAGCAGUAUUCGAAGAAGGCGGUAAAUUUAUAGGCCAUCGUAUCAUCCCUGUCUCUGCAAUCAGACCAGGUUAUCACUACAUCGGCCUUAGAAAUGAAAAGAACCAACCUCUAACACUACCUGCUCUUUUUGUGUACAUUGAAGUGAAGGACUAUGUACCAGAUACCUUUGCAGAUGUGAUUGAAGCACUGUCCAACCCAAUCAGAUAUGUCAACCUCAUGGAACAGAGAGCCAGACAACUAGUUGCUCUGACACUUGAGGAGGAAGAGGAUGUCAGCAAAGAGGUGGAACCAGGUGAUAUGCUGUCAGAACCUAACAGUGAUCCCAAGCCAACCCCUGCCGAAAAUGGUGUAAAUCACACCCCCUCUAUAGCUCCGAAACCACUGUCCCAGACAGUUCACCCUCCACCACCAACAGGUUCGGUGAAAACAACAGUGAAAACUGAAGAUGUUAUACAAAGUGUUCUCACUGAGAUUGAAGCACAGACUAUUGAAGAGCUGAAACAACAAAAAGCAUUUGUAAGAGAACAGAGAAAACAUUACAAAGAAAUGAAGGAACUUGUGAAGAAGCAUCAUAAGAAAACAACAGACAUGAUAAAAGAACACACUGCCAAAUAUAAUGAGUUUCAGAAUGAAUACUUAAGAAGAAGGGCUGUAUUACAAAAGUCUGCAAAAAGAGACGGUAAGAAAAGGUGCACUUCAUCGAGUCCUGAUCACAAUCCUUCAUCUAUUGAACAAGAACUGUCUGCUUUGGAUCUGGAAAGCAGCCAGAAAUUGACAGAGUUGAAGGAACAGCAGCAGCAGCAGCUCCUCAACCUCCGACAGGAACAGUAUUAUAGUGAGAAAUAUCAGAAACGGGAACACAUAAAACAGUUGGUUGAGAAGCUGACUGCAGUGGCUGAGGAGUGUCAGAACAACCAGCUGAAGAAAUUAAAAGACAUCUGUGAAAAGGAGAAAAAAGACCUGAAGAAGAAAAUGGACAAAAAAAGACAGGAAAAGAUCAAUGAGGCCAAAUCCAGAGAGAAAAACUUAACUGAAGAGGAGAAGUUAGAAAUUAACAGAUCUUAUGUUAAUGAAGUGGUACAAUACAUUAAACGGCUAGAAGAUGCUCAAAGUAAAAGACAAGAGAAGCUUCUAGAAAAGCACAAGGAUAUCCGUCAGCAAAUCCUGGAUGAAAAACCAAAGCUGCAAAGCGAGCUUGACCAGGAAUACCAAGACAAGUUCAGGAGGCUUCCAGUGGAGAUUCAGGAGUUUGUGCAGGAGGCGACCAAAGGGAAGUUCACUGAAGAUGGAGAUCACUCAACUGUCUCUUCUUCCAUGGCAUCUGACAGUGGAAAACUGAACCACAAGCCCCAGCAGUCUGAGGAGGAUGUAGAUGAAGAAAUGCCAGAAAAAGUCUUUGACACACCACUGUAGGCGAUUCUCCAGGGAUUUGGGCUAAUUCUUAAUUUUAAUUUUACUUUAUUUUUUUUCUAUUUCUCUGACAACUUCAGACAUUUAUGCCCUGCUGUUUUAAAACAGUGGCUUUAAUUAGUUACUGUAGAUUCUAAAUGCAGGAAACAAAAUGUACUUGAAUCACUUCUUGGGAAGGAACUUUCGUUUCAAUUUUUUAACUUACUUUACUUUAAAAACAAUUAAAGUGUAAUAGUGCAGUCAAUUUCUUAUUAAUGCUUUUAAUGUAAUAUGGGUUAUGGUGCCAGUGUUUUAGAUUU